ACCUCCUGGCCCAUGCAUCCCAAUCAUCCCAAUAUUCAUAGGAGACUGUUCGAGUAAAUGUGAUGAUCCGAUGAUUCUGCCAUUUCACCACGAUUUGUCUUCUACGGAUCCUCGUUGCGUGCUUCCUCAUGCUCAAGCCUCUGCUUCAAGUUCGUCCCUGUUGAUCCAGGAUGACAGCCAUCCUUGUGUACCACGUCAAUUUCGUCGUUUGGUCAUCGGGAGGCCUCUGUACUUGGCCACCGUCUUGGCCUUGCUAGCCUUGUCAAUAACCUUGAUCUUCGUUACUCGAAAUGUGAUCCUCCAGUCCCAGAAGCAAACCAGAUUAGAGGGUUAUGGAAUUGAGUUGAACGAAGUGAGUCAGCAUUUGAACAACUUGAACAUCAAAAUCGACUCAGUUCAUCGGAACGUAGCCGACAUUAGCCAGUAUUUAGAGGUGUUUAACCGAGAUUCCUCACUCAAAUCCGUCCAAUAUGAGUCAAAACGUGGCCAUCACGUGUGAGGUUUGUGAUGGCACAACCUUUUACAAGAAAGAUGGGAUCAGCGUCUGUCGGACUUGUCAAACUGAAUCUCAAGAGCAUGGCCAAGACACCGUCGCUGAUGCUGAAACCAUGGGGAUAUUUGGCGCAGGUGCCGGGCCUCUCCAACUUCAAAAAGUAUUAGUCCGAUCAAAAAAGGCCAAGAAAGCCAAAACCCAAAAGCUUAUCAAAAGUCCGACGAGUUUCACCACCACGGACUUGAGUUCGUUUGUCCUCAAAGGUUGGGUAGAUGAGCUCAUCGCUCUGGGCGCUGAUCCGUCCCUUAAGGAAAUUACACUAACAUUAUGGUCUUUGCGAUUGCAAUUGAGUGGUCAAGGCUUUGGAAAAGACAUGAAGUCCAAGUUCAACUCGGUUCGAGACUUGCAAGUCAAGCUGUUCAAUCGAAAGCGAAUGGUGAUUGGUAGUGAACGUAAAUACUUCAAACGCAAACGUACCCAACAUGUUCCGAUUGUCUCGUCCGAUGAGGAGGAGAAUCAAUUUGAUGCUCGCGAACAGAGGAAGAAACGAGCUCGGAAGCGACGAAAGUUUCUCAAGAACUUGGUGGAUGAGUCGUUUUCGGAGAAUUCUGGCAACUCCACAAUAAGUAGCAACACUUCGUGGUUGAGCAAUUAUGAUCAGGGAUUCGACACUUCGGAUGUGGAGAAAACUCCGGAAAGCCAACGUCCCACGUCCUCAAACGCCUCCCAAUCCAACAACGAAUCCGAUUGGGAGAAUCUGUCUAUGAAUGCGUCCUCAGUCAAUCCUUCCUCCACCACCGAGGAGCCAGUCAGUGACAAGAGCGAAAAUGAAGAUCACGAUGAAACUCGUGAGACUCAAAGCAUGAUUAUUGACCGGAGCACGCGCCACUACCGACACAUUGGCGAGCGUUCGCCGUUCUCGAAGCCACAGAUGAUGACCACACUUUUGCUAGCCUUAGCCCUCACCGAAAACAACCAAUGGACCGUGGCCGAUAUCUUGUUCUGGAUUCGGACCGGGGCUAUUUCGUACUACCACCCAUGGCCAUUGAUCCCAAAGUGUAUGAAAGCGUAUGUCCGAAUAGAUACAGCCCUCUCCGACGCAUUUGAAAUCACCCAUGACAUCAGUGGUGAGGUACGAUAUUUGGGCUGCUUCUUCGAGUUGGGCGAAGUCGAGCUCAACCGCUAUGAGAUUCUUCAGAACACUUUAAGGAGGUACUUGGAGGACUUGUGCCUGCCCAAGGAACUCUUCGAUGUGAUCACGGCCAGUUUGACGCCUAACACUGGCUUGUUGGAAUUGAAGGUCCUCCUAGGCGGGUCAAAUUUGAACAAAGUGGAAGACACGACGGCUUCUUGCGAACGCCGGGUUUUGGCUUUGAUCUUGUUUUGCCUCAAGUAUCUCUAUGUUUUAGACGACUCGACAGAGUUGGUCUAUUCGGAUUAUGCCCGAACUUGGAACCAAUCUCAUCGACCAGAGUCAUCGAAUGAGAUGUUUGAUAUCGGAGCUUGGCUAGCCAUGUCCAAGGUUCGACUCCAACUUGCGUGCAAGUACGCAUUUCCUCUGCGGACUCAAUACGAACAUCUCUUUCCGGAGGUAGAAAUGAGUCUAGGGACAUUGAUGCAAAAGUACGAAUUUCAAGAGUCCAACUCCAAAGAAGGUCUCGUCUUUGGGAAACGUAGCAGAUAUCUCAAUUUUAUAGCCACUCUACCGUUGUUUAAGCGACACGCCAGUAUUCCAACCCCCUUCAACCGUUUGGAUCUUGUCACUAGUUUGCGACCUUUGUCAGAUUUCUCAGCUUACUUUCUCUCCGACCUUCCUAGUGGGCACGAGACAAUUUCAACGUACGCCAAGUCAGCCUUGCGAAAGCUCAAACUCAUAGGAGAGUCGCACAUCCACUGGCCAGAAGUGGAACCAUCGGCCACAGACGUGGAUAUCAAAUUCCAUUGGAAGAAAUUCUCGGAGCGUGUUAUUCGCUUUAAAAACAUCAAUCAUGGCCAUUUGUAUAACUCACAGUUGUUGAGCUCACGCCGCCAAAGGUUCAAUCAACACGAAGGACUUGUCUAUCCAAGAUUCAAUUAUUAUUGGUUCCUGAAUUAUGGACUCAGAUCGAACAGGCCAAAAGUUCGUGGCAGUACGAACAAGGCGAUGGCCGAUAUGCACAUCUUGCAACUGCCGGAUAACUUCCAGUGGAUCGCUUCCUACUUGGCAGCUUACAUUCACUGCUCGACCAUUGGACUUCUGAAUGAACUUCGAUUUGUGGAAAACCAAAUCCGCCUCGUUUCGCCCUUAUAUUUUGGCGCGCAUCCUGUUUCUGACUGAGUCGAACUUGUUUGCCCCCAUUGCAUUUAUCAUUGUCACGCAACCUCUAUUUUUUUGCUACUGUCUCAACUUCGGUGAUAAAAUAAUUUGGAAGAUCCGUUCAGUGUCUUGGUGUCAAUUGAACUUGAUGAUUCCUUCGGGGAUAAUUGGAUGAAGCGAACAUGGCAGGCUAAUGAUGUCACCAUUAUUAUCUCUUGGAGUUUGAUGUGUGCCAAGUGACGAAUUACGUCGGAAAGAUAGCAAAAACCGAUCAAGUCUAAUGAUUGAGCUCGACCACAAUCUGAGUGCCAGGCAUAAUGCUCGAGUCACGAACGGCUUUAGUGGACGAAAACCAUUUCAGAUAAGCUCUUUUCUCCGCCGUGGAUGGUUCCACUUUCGGCCUGAAGAUUAGUUGCGCGCAUUCACAAAGAACACGGAAAGAAAAAAAAAAGAGUUCAAUAAAUGCAUCGUUUAGUCAGAACACCAAGGGACUUUGCUAUUAUUCCUCAUUUUCUUCCCACUUCAUGCACUCUUUGAGAGAGAUCUGCAAAUCGACCUCAACUCAUUCGCAUUCGCUAUUGCGAUGUGAACAGUUUUAAAAAGAGAUCCGAUAUGACGAUGGAAAUCCCUACAAAGAGAGUUCAACGCUCGCUCGGUGGUUCAAAGUUUAUGGGCGAGAAGCGAAAGGUAGAAGAGGAAAAUCGCCUCAUUCCGGAUUGUUGAUAAUGCACAUCUGUUCCUCAAUUUAUCACAACGCACACCUUUCUUUAAGAUGAACGGUUUUUGAGUGCAUUUUGGCAUGGAUGUCAGGGAACAAUUAGAA